UUUUUUUUAAUUAAUAUUUUUUUGCAUUUAUCCCAAGAAAUUAAGUGAUCCAAUGCUUUGAAUUUUGUGAAAAUCUUGUGGUUUCUUGGUCUGAUUUUCUCAAUUCCUCUGAUUGUAGAUUUGCUGAUAAGAACGUCUCAAUGAGUUUCCAACUUCUUUGAUUGAUAGCGGCAAUGGAGAUUCUUGAUAGAGAAUAGAUAGAAUUAGAUAGAGAGGCAGAGAGAAAGAGAAGAUUGGCAGUGGGCUGCUUUAGGGGAAAGAGAUAGAAAAUGGGUAGUACGAAAAUGGAAGGCACCUCAGCCCCAGCUGUUCGUCGAGACCCAUAUGAGGUUUUGAGCGUUUCUAGAGAUUCAACUGACCAAGAGAUUAAAACUGCUUAUAGAAAGCUUGCUCUCAAGUACCAUCCUGACAAAAAUGCUAGUAAUCCUGAAGCUUCAGAACGUUUUAAGGAGGUUGCAUUUUCUUAUAGCAUCUUAUCAGAUCCAGAGAAAAGAAGGCAAUAUGAUAAUGCUGGGUUUGAGGCUCUUGAGGCUGAAGGUAUGGAUAUGGAAAUUGAUCUUUCUAACCUUGGAACAGUUAACACAAUGUUCGCAGCAUUAUUCAGCAAGCUAGGUGUCCCUAUCAAGACUACUAUUUCUGCUAAUGUCCUUGAAGAAGCUUUAAAUGGAACUGUCACAGUCAGACCUCUUCCGCUUGGAACAUCAGUCAGUGGAAAGGUAGAAAAGCAAUGUGCCCACUUCUUUGGUGUUACUAUUAGUGAGGAACAAGCUGAGGCAGGAAUUGUAAUUAGAGUUACAUCAGCUGCACAGAGCAAAUUUAAGCUACUUUAUUUCGAACACGAUGCCAAUGGUGGAUAUGGUUUAGCUUUACAGGAAGAUAGUGAGAAAACUGGCAAAGUGACAUCUGCGGGGAUGUAUUUCUUACAUUUUCAAGUGUACAGAAUGGAUUCAACCUUGAAUGCGUUGGCAAUGGCUAAGGACCCUGAAGCUGCUUUCUUCAAAAGGUUGGAAGGUCUUCAACCUUGUGAAGUCCGAGAACUAAAAGCUGGCACUCACAUAUUCGCCGUUUAUGGUGAUAACUUCUUCAAAACUGCUUCUUACUUCAUCGAGGCUCUUUGUGCAAAGUCUUACGAGGAUACAACACAUAAGCUUAAGGACAUUGAGGCUCAGAUUCUAAUGAAGAGAACUGAGCUACGCCAAUUUGAGACAGAAUACAGAAAGGCAUUGGCGCGCUUUCAAGAAGUGACCAAUAGAUACACCCAGGAAAAGCAGUCGGUUGAUGAGCUACUGAAACAGCGAGACACUAUCCACUCCUCAUUCACUGUAGUCAGGUCAGUUGUCGUCAGUGGUGGGAGUGGCACUCAUGUUAGUAAUGGAAGUAGUAGUAAAGUUCCUGGUGAGGAUUUCAAGGCUGAGAGCCCGGGGGAAGAUGGAGGGUCAGAUGGUAAGGAUAAAUCAUCGAAGAAGAAAUGGUUCAAUCUUAACCUGAAAGGAUCCGAUAAAAAAUUUGGUUAAGACUUGAAAGAGAGUGCUUAGAUAGUCAUUAUAUUGUUUGAGAACACUUGAGCCACCAGCUUGCUUGCCUGCAAGAGGUAUUAUUUGUUCGAUUUAUUAUAUCCUUCUUGUGGAUUCCCUGGGGUGGUUCUUCUUAACAGUUUGUUGUAGUUGAUUUCUUCAAACAUAGUGAAAGAUGUGUGUAUCAAUAUCUGUGUUUUUUUUUUUUUUUGAAAUGAAUUGCUUGUCCAGCUCUUCAAGUUCAUGUAGCAGGUAGAACAGAUUUUUGAUACUGUGAUAACAGAUAUUCCUUGAAUUUUUGUUGUAGUGUCAAGUUCAUCUUGAAUCUCAUUUGACUGUAGGGUUUUGACUUGUGUUAA